AGUAUCGCCUUUCUGCCCUCAGGGGGCGACACUCAGCAGCAGCACUGCAGUCCCUGGAGCUGCACUGGUCAGUCUAGACACGGUGAUACAUCAGUAAUCCACUCUUUUGGUAGGAAAAUGAAAAGAAUGAUGAUGGAGACUUGGAGUGUAUGGUGUAUAUUGCUGAUCAGCUCGCUUCUGCACGACUGCUCUGCCCACAAUGACCUCUACUCUUCCAUUGGCCAAAUGACAGAUCUGCUGUUUAUGGAGAAGGACCUGGUGACCUCUCUGAAAGACUAUAUCAAAGCAGAAGAGAGCAAGCUGCAGCAGGUCAAACAUUGGGUUGAGAAAAUGGAGACCCUAGUAACCAUUGCUACGUACGACCCUGAGGGCUUCCUUGGUCACCCAGUCAAUGCCUUCAAACUGAUGAAAAGGCUGAACACAGAGUGGGGUGAAGUAGAAGACCUGGUGCUUAGAGACAUGUCUGAUGGAUUUAUCUCCAACUUAACCAUCCACCGGCAAUACUUCCCUAGCGAUGAAGAUCAGACUGGAGCAGCCAAAGCUUUGCUCCGUCUUCAGGACACCUAUAAGCUAGAAGCACAGGCUAUCUCCACUGGAGAUCUUCCUGGUUUGCCUGCAGAUUUGCCAUAUAAGGGCACUCUGGCAGUGGAGGACUGUUUUGAGCUGGGGAAAAUUGCAUACUCAGAAGCAGAUUACUAUCACACAGAGCUGUGGAUGGCACAGGCUCUGGAACAGUUAGAUGGCGGUGAGAAGUCAAGCAUUGAUGCUGUGACCGUCCUGGACUACCUGAGCUACUCUAUCUACCAGCAGGGGGAGCUAGAGAGAGCCUUGGAGCAUACCAAAAGACUACUGACUCUUGAUCCAGCUCAUCAGAGAGCCAAUGGCAACCUAAAGUACUUUGAGUACCAGCUGGCCAAGCAGAUGAAAGCCGAGAGGGAUCAGAGAGGAACAGGGGAGGAGAAAAAGGAGCGAGAGAAGAGACAGUUGGACAGGAUGAAGGACUUUCUUACAGAAAAGGGCAAAUAUGAGCAGCUUUGCAGAGGAGAAGGUAUCAAGCUGACCCCACGCAAACAGAGACGGCUGUUUUGCCGUUUCUACGACAACAACAGGCACCCGUACUAUGUGCUGGGCCCUGUGAAACAGGAGGAUGAGUGGGACCAGCCACGCAUUGUACGUUUCCACGACAUUAUCAGUGAAAGAGAGAUGGAAAAAGUAAAGGAAAUGGCCAAGCCCAGGCUGCGCCGAGCUACCAUUUCCAACCCUGUCACUGGUGUACUGGAGACUGCCCACUAUCGUGUCAGCAAGAGGCGUGCCACCGUGCAUGACCCCCAAACAGGGCAACUCACCACAGCCCAAUACAGAGUCUCCAAGAGUGCCUGGUUAGCAGCCUAUGAGCACCCAGUGGUGGACCGCAUUAAUCAGAGAAUUGAAGAUAUUACAGGUUUGGAUGUCACAACAGCAGAGGAGCUACAGGUGGCUAAUUAUGGUGUAGGAGGCCAGUAUGAGCCACACUUUGACUUUGGGCGGAAAGAUGAGCCAGACGCCUUUAAGGAACUGGGCACAGGGAACCGCAUUGCCACCUGGCUCUUCUAUAUGAGUGAUGUGGCAGCAGGGGGUGCCACAGUCUUCCCAGAAGUAGGAGCAGCGGUAAAGCCAAUGAAGGGUACAGCAGUGUUCUGGUACAACCUGUUCCCAAGUGGAGAGGGAGACUAUAGCACAAGGCAUGCUGCAUGCCCAGUACUUAUGGGCAAUAAGUGGGUUUCAAACAAGUGGAUCCAUGAAAGGGGUCAGGAGUUCAGAAGGCCCUGUAGUCUGCAUAAGACAGACUGAUGAUACCCUUCCUCAUCCCAUCCUCCUCCUCGUUUGUGUCCACCCUGUGGUUUAAGACCUAUGGGAUGCUCCUAAUUCAACCCCCAGCCCCACCCACAUUUGCCUUUAACGAUCAACCUAGGUCUGCCAUAUUUUAUUUUUAUUUAAAUGUGUGUGUGUGUGUGUGUGUGUGUGUGUGUGUGUGUGUGUGUGUGUGUGUGUGUGUGUGUGUGUAUCUGCCAGCAUCUGCCAGCAAAUUGCAUUGAUGCCACUGGUGCCUUUUAUCGUUGCACAGAAUAGCUGCAGAGAAGAAAGAUGUCCCUCAUGACACUCCAUCUUUCCAGGUCUUAAUAUAGCUGAGGUACUAUGGGGAAAAUCUCAAGUUUCAGUACAGUACCCUCAUGGUACCAGAUUUAACUGAACUCACAAAUAAAAAAAAACAUGACAUUUCAAAUCUAAAACUUUCAUCUAAACAUUUCCUUCACACAAACUCUACACUCUGGAGCCCUGAAGUCGGAUUGUAGCUAAGAAUGUGUCAGGAUGUCUGGCGGACUAUAGCUACAACUGUGUCAGAUUCCAUUAGCUGUGCCAUUGGAGUAUUUUGCAAUACCGUGCUUGCUCUGUGUCUGUGUGUGUGUGUCCAUGUGUUGGGAAGGUAAAGGAUAGGCUUAUUGCACUGAUUAUCCUGUAGGAAUGCUGAUGAGAGUUAGGGCUUAUAGAUCUAUGCACGCUUUCCCCUGAAUGUCUGCCAUUUGUUUGUUUCCCCCUUCUCUUCCCAUUCUCUCAGCACACACACGUGCACACGUCUGAUGCCAGGACAUUGUAUAAGGCUUCACUUGCACUGAGGUCAUUCACACAGGGGAAAACAAAUUAAUGUCCUGUCCUGUUUAAACCAAAAGGUCCAGCUAUGUUUAAGAUUUCUCCUUCCUCAAGUGGAACAAGGAUUAAAGAACAACAGAUAUAAAGUGCCCAAGAACUACUUGCCAAUCAAAUCAGUGCAAACCGUGUAUGAAGUGCGCUAGGCCAAGAUUUCUUGUACUAUUGACAAUUACAGUGGCUACACCAAGGUUUGAAUUGAUGAAAUGCUAACAUCCUUUUCUUCUUUGCUAGCAAAGUUUUUAAUAAUAGUGAGACUGUAGCACUCAAGCAUGACUCCAGUUACUCCUGAUCAGGAAAUGAACACCUCUAUUUGAUUAUCAUUUCAUGUAGUCUUUUCACUCCAGUGACAUUAGAUUUGGGUUCAAAUACUGUAUAAAUGUGUGAAAAUUGUUUACUGUGGAAAGAAAUAAUUCUCUGAUCUAUUUAUCUGUUUGGAUGCUUUUAUUCUGUCAAAGCUUUCCAACAAAUCUGUCAGCAGUGAAACACCACAAGAGAGAGAAACACUCAUGUUGGUAAUUGAAUAAAAAUAAGUAAUAAAAAUGAUUGUGGUUAUUUCAUUUUGUUAUGCUGCUACCACAAGGACGAGUGGAUGGAGGGUUGUUCUAUUUAUAGUUGGAAUAUAGAAUUUAAUUGAUUUGGAUUUCUGAAAUAGGUUUUCUUCAAUAGCUUACUUCCUGUAUAUUUUAAGGGUAUUUCAGGCAUAAAAGAAAUUGUUACAGGAUGACUUAGUGCUGUUGUAGGCAUUUCCAUUGACGCUGUUUGUGUCGCCCAAAGUCUUGUUUUACUACAAUUAAUCUUGUGGCACGCAUGAAAUUUCCAGGAAUACGUCUGAACAUUUUGCAUUUAUGGGUCUGGGAUUUUGUAAUCGGCUGCGUGUGAUCCUUCACGCACUCGUCCAAAACAGCCUAACACAAGAUCCACCGCCACAUUUGCUGUAAAACGUGCCUCUUCCUCUCUUUUGGCUUGCUUUGGGUUCACCUCCACGACGUCAACAGCAGACAGGAGCCCUGUUUGUGAAACACCAUGGGAUGGGUCGGCUCCUAAUACUACAUUUCCAUUUCUACAUCUGAAUCCCUAAAAAGCUUCUCAACAUUGCACCCAAGACUUUUGCAUGUUUUAUUUAUAUAUCGCAUGUUACUUUAUUUAUAUGCUUGUCUAAUUAUGUUCAAUUAAAAACAGCAGGUUUCUCUCACCUGUUUGACACACGUACUCCGUGAUGUAGAUGCCCUCUCUGUACGUCAGGCCUCCUAUCACUGGGGUCCCUGUGGCUGGUGCCACUGAGGGG